GAGAGAGAGAGAGAGAUAGAGAGAGAGAGAUACAGAGAGGGAGAGAGAAAUAUAGAGAGAGAAACAUGGAGAAGGCCAUUAACAGGCAAAGGAUCCUCCUCCGCCACCUCCAACCAUCUCCCUCCUCCGAUCCUUCCACAAUCCUCUCAGGUUCGAUUUGUUCUGCUGGGGAUAGCGCCGCGUAUCAGAGGAGCUCGUGCUUCGGCGAUGAUGUCGUUAUUGUGGGGGCUUGUAGAACUGCAAUUUGUAAGUCCAGAAGAGGAGGCUUUAAGGAUACACUUCCGGAGGACCUCUUAGCACCUCUUCUUAAGGUAUUAAUUGAUAAGACGAAAGUGGACCCAAGUGAAGUUGGUGAUAUUGUUGUUGGCACUGUCUUAGCUCCAGGAUCCCAAAGAGCAAUUGAAUGCAGGAUGGCAGCAUUUUAUGCUGGUUUUCCUGACACAGUUCCUCUUAGAACUGUAAAUCGACAAUGUUCAUCUGGGCUUCAGGCAGUCGCAGAUGUUGCUGCUGCUAUUAGAGCUGGCUUCUACGAUAUUGGUAUUGCUGCUGGGUUGGAAUCCAUGACUGUAAAUUCAGUUAAAUAUGAUUGGAAAAUCAAUCCCAAAAUAGAACUUUUCGCUCAAGCCCGUGACUGCCUUCUUCCCAUGGGCAUUACGUCAGAAAAUGUUGCACAUCGUUUUGGUGUAACACGACAGGAGCAAGAUCAAGCUGCAGUUGAAUCUCAUAGACGGGCAGGAGCAGCAGCGGCUGCUGGCAAAUUCAAAGAGGAAAUUAUUCCGAUUGCUACUAAGAUUGUAGAUCCAAAAACUGGGGAGGAAAAGCAAAUUAUUGUCUCUGCUGAUGAUGGAAUUCGACCUGAUACAUCAUUGUCUGUCCUCACAAAGCUAAAACCCGCGUUUAGUAAAGAUGGCAGCACUACUGCUGGCAAUGCUAGCCAAGUGAGUGAUGGUGCCGGAGCUGUUCUCCUCAUGAGAAGAGAUGUAGCUUUGCAAAAGGGGCUUCCAAUACUCGGAAUUUUCAGGAGUUUCGCUGCAGUUGGUGUUGAUCCUGCAGUGAUGGGUGUUGGCCCUGCUGUUGCAAUACCUGCUGCGGUGAAAGCUGCUGGUCUUCAGAUUGAUGAUAUUGACCUUUUUGAAAUAAAUGAGGCUUUUGCCUCCCAAUAUGUGCACUGCUGCAAAAAGCUGGAUCUGGACCCAGAAAAGGUCAACGUUAAUGGGGGUGCAAUCGCUCUUGGGCAUCCACUGGGUGCUACAGGUGCACGCUGUGUGAGCACUCUUCUAAACGAAAUGAAGCGCAGGGGCAAAGACUCUAGGUUUGGAGUGAUUUCCAUGUGCAUAGGCUCGGGGAUGGGUGCUGCAGCUGUUUUCGAGCGAGGGGAUGCCGUCGAUCAGCUCAGCAAUGCCAAGAGUAUCCAGUCCAUCAACUUGCUAUCCAAGGAUGUUCUGUAAAAGUUCCAAUUAGUUCAUACAAUUCUUGACAUAUAUCUAUAUAUAUUCUGAACCAAGUGAUUGUCGGUACAUAAGUGAUUCAUCUAUCAUUCGAAUGGUGGAUUUCAGUUGAAUCCGUAUACUAUUUGUAAGCUAGUUAUUAUGUGCUAAAGCUUAGUUGAUUUCCUGGUGCAAGGUGACCUCACAAA